CAAAAAGUAACAAAUAUGGCCAACCUUCUCCUUGCUUCCUUCUUUCCCCGAGUCUCGACUUUUUAACCAUCGAGAUCCCUUGCUGGAACCGGGAAGGGAAUGUUCUCUUAUAUGUACUCUUCUUUCUCUGUCUGCCCACUAUCUUUCUCUCUCCAAAUUUCCAAAUUUCGAUUCUUGCUUCACUUUCUCUCUCUUCCUCAGUUUUUGGAUCUUUCUAAAAAAAAAUCAAAAUACAGGUAAAUUCCAUCCAUAGAGAACCGCGUAAUCUGGAACAAGCUUUAACAAUGAUGAAAAACAUUCUGGUCACUGGUGGAGCCGGUUACAUUGGUAGUCAUACAACUCUUCAGCUUUUACUAGGCGGUUUUAAAGUCGUCGUUGUUGAUAAUCUUGAUAACUCGUCCGAACUCGCUAUUCAACGAGUCAAGGAACUCGCUGCUGAGUUCUCAUCAAAUCUUUCUAUUGUUAAGGUGGAUCUUCGGGAUAAACUAGCUGUUGAGAAACUUUUUUCUUGGACAAAAUUUGAUGCUGUCAUUCACUUUGCUGGAUUGAAAGCAGUUGGUGAAAGUGUACAGAAACCACUGCUUUAUUACAAUAACAACAUCAUUGGUACAGUUAAUUUGCUGGAAGUCAUGUCUCUUCAUGGAUGCAAGAGGCUAGUCUUCUCAUCAUCGGCAACUGUGUAUGGCUGGCCUAAGGAGGUCCCUUGUACUGAGGAGUUUCCAUUGUCUGCAGCAAAUCCAUAUGGACGAACCAAGCUCUUCAUUGAAGAAAUAUGCCGUGAUGUUCAGCGCUCUGAUGCUGAAUGGAAAAUCAUUCUUCUAAGAUACUUCAAUCCAGUUGGUGCACACCCUAGUGGGCAUAUUGGCGAGGAUCCACGUGGAAUUCCAAACAAUCUUAUGCCCUUUAUGCAGCAAGUAGCUGUUGGAAGAAGACCCCACUUAACCGUCUAUGGGACAGAUUACAAUACUAAAGAUGGCACCGGGGUCCGUGAUUACAUUCAUGUUGUUGAUUUGGCUGAUGGACACAUAGCAGCUCUGAAUAAGCUUUUCAAGGCUAACCUAGCUUGUGAAGUCUACAAUUUGGGAACUGGCAAGGGCACAACAGUGUUGGAGAUGGUAGCUGCAUUUGAGAAAGCAUCAGGAAAGAAAAUCCCUAUUGUAAUGGCUGAAAGACGCCCUGGUGAUGCUGAGAUUGUAUACGCCUCAACAGAAAAAGCAGAACGGGAACUAAAUUGGAGGGCCAAAUACGGAAUCGAUGAGAUGUGCCGUGAUCAAUGGAACUGGGCUAGCAAGAAUCCUUAUGGUUAUGGCUCACCUGAUAAUAAAGAUGAUUGAUUUACCAGGCUGAACAGACUAAAGAACAAAAAUACACUCAACAUAUGUACAAUCUAAUCCCAUUGGUACAGCUUCCACUUGUUGCUACACCAUCAUACAGCUUUUAUCCAGCCUAACUUUAGGAAUAUAAGUGAUUGAUAUGAAAAAAUAGUCCAUUUGUUAAGCAUAUACUUCUAUGUUAGUAUAAAUAGGCCAAGUAUGACAUGUAUUUACUUAAUUUAUAGGCUAUAUUAAAAAGAAAAAGAAAAGAAGAAAAGAGCAUAAUGUAUUUAGAAGAUCAAUUAUUUUUUGCAUGUGCUCUCAUUUUGGCUGAAAAUACUGGAAGCUGUUAUGCGUGGGAAUAUUUGAGACUUUCUGCCUUCUGCUGGAAAGUUCAAUGCUUCAGGAAGCCGUUAUGCUUGUGAAGCUUGCUAACGAGUGAAGGUAUGGGCAACAACUUGGAAAGCUCGAUUUCGGCCACAGGUCUGCUGUGAUCGAAACAUUUUUUUUGGGGUUUAUUGUAGGAUCAUAACGUGGUUUACAUAACAAAUUCUAGAGGGUUUAUUCUUUGUUUAGGACAGUCUUUUUUUAUGAUUCGUUUAAUUCUUUUGAUUGAUUAUUUAUAUAGUUAUAGUGAAUUUUGAUAUGAUUCCUUAUUGGUACUAUACUAUAAUCAUUUAUUUAAUGGCUCGAUAGUCUACGUUUACUUGAACUCUUCAUGCGUAUAUAAAUAUAUUUAUCUAAAUUACAAUUUUUUUUUCUUGUUUGAUGGAUUACUAAACCUUUAUAAUUUCUUUUAAUUCGUUUUUGGAAAGACGUACUAAAGUUUUUAGAGGUCGUUUGAAUUGAGUAUAAAUAUUUAGGGUUAAAAAAGUCAAAAUAAUGA